AUGGCAGAUAGUCUGCGUCGUGCUGGAAUUAAGUUGAAGUCCGUUAUGACCAUGAAUCGUCGAUCUCACGCUUUCGAAACCCUGUCUAAGGAGCAGGUCUCUUCAAAACGAUGCUAUCUACUCGAGCUCCCCGCAGAGUUACUACUCGAAAUUAUUUCGCAUCUAUCGGUGUUACCGGAGGCUUGUCUUGCGUUGACGUGCAAGAGACUAUUCUCUAUCUCCGCUCCCAUUCUAAUGUCUAAAGCGCUUCGAUUCAGUCGCGACUUUGCUCCGAUUUUCCAUCAUUAUCGCAAUGGCCACAGCUUCGCUACGACUCGAUGGCAGCUGAUCAAGAUUCUCGAAGACACCCGCUGGAGAUCUUGUUCAAGGUGUCUCAAACUCCACCCGCGAUGUGCUUUUUCUCCUCGAGAACUACGACGCUGUCCUGAGGAUCGAAUUUGUCUAUUGGGGAAGCUUGCAGGCGUCGUUGACAUAUGUCCUUGCAAGAAGGUGACUUUCCGAGACAAGAUUGAACUUAUCGAGAUCCUCAAAAUACGGCAAAAUUCUGUGGCGCUCCUAGCAUCGCAAUUUGGUGGUGUUGAAGAACGCUUCUGCUGGCAUUCAUGCUCUGAGAAAUACGGAUCCACGGAAAUGAAAAUCGAGAUCUUUCCUGAGCUGGACCAAUAUGACCAGCUCAGAAUCAGAACGGAGUACCACCUCACUACGGUCCCAGGGCAGCUGGGGAAGGAGGAUUACAUGACAGCACGCUUUGGAUGUGCCCAUCGAUCUGUGGAUCUUUGGCUUUCCGGCGUCUGCCAGACAACUUUAUGCCAGCUAUACGAAAAUCGGUGUGCUUCGUGUCGCCGAAUAUCUAUCUGUGACUCGUGUAACACCGUGCUAAGAUCUCCACGGAAGCAGCCUUGUCGGACAAAUGAGGAUGCUGGCACAGCUACCUACACCUUCUGGACCGAGAGGUGCCUUGGGGGCGCCUCGCCUGUUCCAGAUACCACAUGGGCGGCUCAAAGAAUCCACCCUGCAGAACCCUUGGUCGAUUUGGACAAUUGCAGUGAGCUGUGCCCAUGGACAAUCAGGGAGCAUCCUCCUCUUCGCAACGCUCCGUCGCUGGACAUGGACAUCCUUGACCCUGCCUUCCAAGACCAGUCACUUAAUCAGUUGUAUAACUCCAUUGACACGAAUUAG